UAUAUCAUUUCAUAGUGAGAGCCAAGAGAGAAACUAGUUUUGUAGAGUGCUUGAUAAGAAUGGGUGCAAUGAACAAUGUUAGGUUUUUCAUUUUCUUAGGUGUUUUGAUUGCUGUUGUUGCACUAGUCUCUUCUGAGGUUUCAGCUGCUAAGGAUUUGGCUGAGACAACAAGGGAGACAGCUGAGAAUAAUGGACUGCAAGAUGCCAAGUACGGUGGGAAUGGAUAUCCUGGAAACGGAGGGUAUCAGGGCGGUGGUGGGUACCCAGGUAACGGACGUGGCGGUGGAGGUAGAAGAGGUGGUGGGUUCAGAUGCCGACAUGGUUGUUGUGACCGUGGUGGGUACUACAGAGGUGAUUGCCGCAAUUGCUGCUAUUCAGCUGCUCAAGCCAAUGCCUUUGUUGCUGAAACUACUACCACCACCAAUGAUCUCAAGCCCUAGAGAUCUAGCAUAUGAUAUGUAUCUCCGAUAAUCUUAUGCCUUGGAGAUCUAGCCUACUAUUUAUGUAGUUCGAAAAUUAUGUAUCAAUUAUCAUCGAACUUGAUAUUUGAUCCGCGAGUAAAAUGAAUGAAUAAGAUAAUUAAUCAUCAGGA